UUUUUCUAUGACCUCAGAAAUUAUUACAUGGUUUUAUAGCGCCACGUGCUUCAGAUUUUUAAUUUACCAGUAAAUGUAACUCAGUUAUGUAUCACAUGGAGAUCAGUUGGGGUCAUGAUGUUCCUGAUGCAUGUAAUAAUUUGUGUUUCAACCCAACCAUGCUUUUAAGAUAUUCAAUAUUUGAAAAUGAAAAAGAGAUCGUUCUUCCAAGAUGACAAGGACAGUUGAAAAACAAUGAACUUCUUUGUCAUGGAACCAAAUCAUUCUUCAAGUUAUUUUUUUAUUUAAAAAUGAAACUAAAAAACCCUUUUUUCGGGAUAGUGUGAUUCUUCUGACAAGGAAGGAAUAUAUCAUCUACUUACUCCAACAAAGUACCAAAGGAACGACAUGACUCAUUUUGCAGAAUAAGUCUUUAGAAACCUGUUAGUACAAUUUCUUAUUUAUUAAUAUCAAAUCAGAGGAAUUGGUUUAAACAUGUGAAACUGUUGAGCAGAAAUGAGAUAAAUUUCAAUUGCAGUAAUCCUUUUUGUGUAAUCAUUUUAUUUGUUUUUGGUGCAAUCAAACACUUCCUUCUUUUAGUGUAUCUCAAAGAAUGACAGAAGAAGCCACCAAUGAGAAUCCAUGGCCACCAGACACACAUAGCACGAGUGUAAUAUCACGAGCAGCCUUCGAAGUGGAUGAAUAUGAGAGAAUCGUGGAGAUUCUGCAUAACAGGUUUUCGAAAUUUGAUAAAGGGUAUUGGAGAGCCUCAUACAAGGCUCUUAUAUUACUGGAACAUCUUCUAACUCAUGGACCUAAAAGAGUUUCGGAGGAGUUUCAAAGUGACAUUGAUGUUAUUGAAGAGAUUGGACAACUUCAGCACAUUGAUGAGAAAGGGUUCAACUGGGGUUUGAGUGUUAGAAAAUUAUCAGAAAGAGUGUUGAAGCUCUUAAGAAACAAGGAUUUUCUCAAAGAAGAAAGAGCAACAGCACGUCACCUUUCUCAUGCAAUCAAAGGGUUUGGAAGUUUUAACCCGCGAAGCUCAGCAAUGGAUGAAAGGUUAAGUGACUUACCUUCUAAGAUUUAUGGGAGAUGUAACUCUUACUAUGAUGAUCGCCAAUAUGAAAAAUAUGAUUUCACAAGUUUGGGAAAGAAGCUCAGUGCGGAUGGAAAUAAUAGAGAGCUACAAAUUGUUGAAGACAUGGACAAUUCAAAGCUGCUAAAGCAUGAAAAUGAUUCAAGUUCAGCAGACACAGAAGAACAUCAUCCUUUCGAUGAUCAAGAGAAACUGACUGUAGCAUCCUUGCUUUCUGUGUGAUGAUAUGUUACAAGAAUUUACUUAAGAUAUAUGUAUAGUUCUUGAACUAAUCAUAAGUUUGGACAAUGUAGAAUCAAGGAAGGUGGUAUAAAUGGUCACUAUUUACGUAACGAUGAAAUCAGAAAUAUGGUUACUGAUGAGGGAACAAAGAUUAUUAAGUAAUUUGUCUAUCUGUUUUCUGUAGGAUGGAAUCUACUACACAGUUCUUAUAUUUAUGAACACGUGACAAGUUAAUUACAUUACAGUGCCUUUUGAACCAUACAAUGAUUUUCAGUAUUAUCCAAAAUGCUAUA